AUGGAGGCCCCACCUCGCAACUUACAGGACUUAAAGGAUCUGCUGCUAAUAUCUUGGUGCCAGAUACCACAGCACACCUUCAGGGGUCUAGUGGAGUCCAUGCCUCGAUGGGUCAGGGCUAUUUUGGCAGCAAAAGUGCAGUGUCUGGAAAUGACCACUAAGCGGAAGCUGAUUGGCCGGCUGGUGCCGUGCCGUUGUUUCCGUGGUGAAGAGGAAGUGAUCUCAGUGUUGGACUACUCCCACUGCAGCCUGCAGCAGGUCCCCAAAGAAAUCUUCAGCUUUGAGAGAACUCUGGAGGAGCUCUACCUAGAUGCCAACCAGAUUGAGGAGCUGCCCAAGCAACUCUUCAACUGCCAGGCCUUGAAGAAGCUGAGCAUGCCUGAUAACGACCUGUCCAACCUGCCCACCACCAUUGCCAGCCUGGUUAACCUCAAAGAGCUGGACAUCAGUAAAAAUGGUAUCCAGGAGUUUCCAGACAAUAUAAAAUGCUGUAAAGGUCUGUCUGUGGUGGAGGCCAGUGUUAACCCUAUCACCAAACUCCCAGAUGGUUUUACGCAGCUCCUGAAUCUGACCCAGCUCUUCUUAAAUGAUGCCUUCCUGGAGUAUCUGCCGGCUAACUUUGGCAGACUUUCCAAACUACGGAUCCUUGAGCUGAGAGAGAACCACCUGAAAACCAUGCCAAAGUCCAUCCACAGACUGUCGCAGUUGGAGAGGUUGGAUCUGGGUAGCAAUGAAUUCUCUGAACUGCCAGAGGUGUUGGAACAAAUCCACAACUUAAAGGAGCUAUGGCUGGAUAACAACUCUCUACAGUCUAUACCAGGGUCAAUAGGGAAGCUUCGUCAGUUGCGAUACUUGGACUUAGCUAAGAAUCGUAUUGAGACAUUGGACACAGAAAUUUCGGGCUGUGAGGCCUUGGAAGACCUGCUGCUAUCUUCCAACAUGUUGCAGCACCUCCCUGACUCUAUAGGAAUGCUGAAGAAACUUACAACACUGAAGGUAGAUGACAACCAGCUGACCUCACUGCCUAACACCAUCGGAAGUAUUGAUAGAUUUUGGAAGAAAGACAACCCAAAAAAGGGCUACAUUAACAGAAAUAUUAAAUUCCAUCAGUUUGGUCUGUCUCUGCUGGAGGAGUUGGACUGUAGUUGUAACGAGUUGGAGUCGUUGCCUCCCACCAUUGGCUACUUGCACAGCCUGAGGACCUUCGCUGCCGAUGAGAACUUCCUCACAGAGUUGCCCCGGGAGAUCGGGAACUGUAAGAACGUGACGGUAAUGUCGCUGCGGUCCAACAAACUGGAGUUUCUUCCUGAUGAGAUCGGACAGAUGACCAAACUACGAGUCCUUAACCUUAGUGACAACAGGUUAAAGAAUCUUCCGUUUACCUUCACUAAGCUGAAGGACCUGGCAGCUCUGUGGCUUUCUGACAAUCAGUCCAAAGCUCUGAUCCCUCUGCAGACAGAAGCCCACCCAGAAACCAAACAGAAGGUUUUGACCAACUACAUGUUUCCUCAGCAACCGCGACAUGAUGAGGAUUACCAGUCGGACAGCGACAGCUUUAAUCCUACUCUGUGGGAGGAGCAGAGACAGCAGAGAAUGACUGUGGCCUUCGACUUUGAGGACAAGAAAGAAGAGGAGGACAACUCUGGGAAGGUCAAGGUGGAGAUAAACCUAAAGCGCUACCCAACACCCUACCCUGAGGACCUUAAGAACAUGGUCAAGUCAGUGCAAAGCCUUGUGGGCAAAAGUGUGCACACUGGACAUGGGCACCAGCACCAGCUGAGCACAGGCACUGCCACCUCGGCAGGAACCAACAUGGAACACACGCACCUCAGCAAAGAGCAGUAUGAACCACCGUGGCCCCUACCACCUAAAGAGGUGACGGACAGAGAGAUGCAGGACUUCUCUCAGUCUCAGCUAAUGGAUCAGGGAUCGAUGCAUAACUCUGGCAUUGACAUUCCCAAGAGGAAAGAUAAAGAGGAUCUGACAGAGAGCUCAGAGGACUCGAUGGGCGGCUCCCCCAAUGACAUCCGUAUCUCUGACAUGAGGCCCACUCUAGUGGAGCCACCGAUGUACAAACCAAAGGUGGUACUGCUGGGCAAAGACAAGAAAGAAUCUACAGAUGAGGAGAUGGAUAAGCUCCAUUGUCUGAACCACAGCGGUUCCUCAGCCACCUACUCCGACUAUUCUCCCUCACAGGGCUCCUCUGGCUCGUCCAACCCGCCUGCCAAUGCACACUCACACACACUCUCUCACAUACACCCUCACGCUCCUGCCCUGCCGGCCCCCAGCAAGGACCAGGCCCCUCAGACACACUGGACCAACAGACUGGCUCAGUCGUUCCCUAAGCCUAUUGACUCCAAGCCCCUGCUAUCUCAGAGAGAAACCCCUCCAUCAGGAACCCUGCAGCAGCGUGGGGAUCGACGCCCACUCAGUGAGCCUUUUGACUGGUCUGAGGCUCCUCACUACGACAACACAGGUUUUGAUGCUGAGGAGUCUCCUCUGGACCCUCCAUCAUCUACUUCAAGUCAGGGAAACCCUCUGCUGGGCUCCAAGCCUCGCAGCCAGUCCACACACGGGCGCCGCCCACUCCUCAGGCAAGAGCGAAUCGUAGGAGUUCCUCUGGAACUGGACACCCAAACGCUCCCCUUCCACAGCAACCAACGCUCGACCCCAGACAAUGACCAAUCCUCCGGAGCUCCCCAGAAUCCUUGGCAGAAUUGGACCCGAACCCCCAGCCCGUUAGAGGACAGAACUGCUUUUCCUUCCAAGCUUGACCUGACACCUACCUCCAGUCCCAACCCUGACCGCAAGGAUAUGGACUCAAGGCUGGAACAAGGAGCUGGGCCUUUGCCUGGCAGCUGGACGUACCACAACAAUCAGGGGGAACAGAACAGGAAGGAUCAGCUCAGUGUCAGCGGGGGCAACAAGGUGACAGUGGUAAUGAGUAAAAGCUCAGACCGUCUGUCCCCCAUGAUGAAAGAGACGAGGUCCAAGUUUAAGAAGUCACAGAGCAUUGAUGAGAUUGAUAUUGGCUCCUACAAGGUCUACAGUAUUCCCAUGGACAGCUACAGUUCAUCCAUUGAGCAGCAGACCAGUUUGGAUCGUCCAGAGCUGCCUGGUUCUAUGGAGCAGACCAGCAUGGCUCGAUCACAGUCUGCCCCCAUGUUAGACGAUGAGAUGGGCUUCCCAGGACACGGCAACCAGGGCCAGCCAGGACAGAACCAAAAACCUGCCAUCCCACAGAAAGCCUACCACUUCGACCAGAACUACAAUCCCCAGGUUACCAUGGACCGCCGCGUUCCUCCCCCCUUCCCCAACACACCAGAUUAUGUCAACCACGCAUCGAAGGCCUUGGAGUACAUAAAUCAACCAGGCAAGACAUUACCCAAGGAGUUGGUGAGCCCUCGGUAUCGUGCAUAUCCACCACUGGAGAUGUUUUCAUUCCCCCAGUCGCCAGUCAACCAUGAUGGUCCACCCAGCCAGCAGCAGCAGCCAGUCCCAACACAGCGCUCCAGGCCAGGGUUUCUGAGGAGAGCAGAUUCAUUGGUGAGCUCCACAGAGCUUGCUUUGUUCCGCAGAGUCCAUGAAGCCCAACAGGAGGCGCUGCAGGAGACUCAGUACAGACAGCAGGCGGACCCCCCUCUUUACGGUCGGGCUCUUGCCUACUCCUCCCCCAUGGAGCACUCUGCUCUCACCAACAUGGCCGACAGCCAGAGCCAGAUGCUGCACAACAAGAGAAAUGGUCGCUAUGAUGAUGACUAUCCCACCUACCAGGAACAGAAGAAGCCCAUGAUUGGUUAUCCAACCAAGAGCCUGACUCAGCGCCGUCCCCUGUCUGCCAGGAGCUACAGCACUGAGACCUACGGAGCAUCUCAGGCCCGUCCAGUGUCAGCUCGUCCCACCAUGGCCGCCCUGCUGGAGAAGAUGCCCCCUGACUACACCCUGGCAACCUGCCCUGAGAAACCAGCUGACGACACCAUCAAAGUAAGACCUGUCGUACCCCAGAAACCUGAAGACAUCACCUCCAAGAUGCCUGCUGAUUGGCGGCAACAGCUCCUCAGGCACAUAGAGGCCAAACGAUUGGACAGGAGUGGUGUCCUAAAGCACAACACGCUCACGCUGGGCAUGCUCUGUCAGGGCGGGGGUCACGGCCAGGGGCGCAGCAGCACUUUGAACUUUAACCUUUACAAUAACACUAAGCAUGAGCCCCCUUCUGGCCGCUGGCUGCCACUACCUCCUCCUCCGCCUGCUAACGCUACCCCCUCUCAGCAGGCUGCCAUGCUAGAUAAUGACCAGGAGGGGCUGUCAGGGAGCAACCAGUGGGCUCCCUACUCACUCGGCAGGAGGGACGUCCCACCUGACAACCUCAUGAAAAAGAGCGCCCACUCACACAACCCUUCCCACCAAUCACACAACACCAUGAUCGUCACAUCCACUUCUUCCUCCUCGGCCACUACGCCUCAUCGCGUGGUCGGGCAGCAGGGCUACGACGGGAUGAUGAACAAGGGGGGCCAGUACCAACCAGGGAUGCCCCUGUCAGUGGUUCCCUCUGGGGGGCCUGGGCAGUACCAAGGCAACAUGUCUCAAGCCCUCCCCGCCCCUGGUCAGGGUUACCCCAACACCGGCCUACCCAUGGCCUUGUCCCCAUCUGGGAACCAGCCCCAGUACAACCCCCAUACCUCCCACUCUUCCCAUCAGCCCUCCCUUCCCGCCACCAACCCCCAGUACCACAGCAACCAGGGCAUGGUCCAUAGCAACCAGGUUGUCAUGGCCACCCACACCAACCCACGGCCUCAGAGUGCUCGCUGCCUGUUACAGACUAAAGGCCAGAAGAGCACAGACGGUUUCCAGGAACAGUUGUGUGUGAGAAUAGAGAAGAACCCUGGUCUUGGUUUCAGUAUCUCUGGUGGCAUCAGUGGCCAGGGGAACCCCUUCAAACCCUCCGACAUGGGUAUCUUUGUUACUAGGGUACAGCAUGACGGGCCCGCCGCCUCUGCCCUGCAGCCUGGAGACAAGAUACUGCAGGCUAACGGACAUAGUUUUUUACACAUGGAGCAUGAGACAGCCGUCUCUCUGCUGAAGAGUUUCCAGCGGACGGUGGACUUGGUGGUUCUGAGAGACAGCAGCAUGCGCUAA